AGAACCUUCCAACAUACUACAUCAUUUAAUUAUUUAUUUUGCUGUCUGCCUCCUAAGCUCCAGGAGGGCAGGGAUUUUGGUCUGUCUUGCUCACUUAGAAAUUUCCCACACAGUUACCUGGCACAUAGUAGAUGCUCAAUGAGUAUUUGUUGACCUGAGUUGCAUUCUGGGUAGACACGGUCAGGGACCUGUGGGGUAGGGGUUGCUCUUGGUGAAAUAAGUGUAUGUCUUACAGAGCCGACUGCCUGCCCAGCCCUGGAGAUCUUGACUGACAGGUGCCAAUAUUAGGGGCUGACUCCUGGGAGGACCCACUCCCCCAGUAACCCUGCACAUGGGAUAGGGAGGCACUUUAAGUCCUGGCUUCUUCUGAGAUAAAGAGCCAGUAUAUCUUGAUACUACACUUGAUCUUAGCCAAAAGGCCAAGAAGUGACAGCCAGUACACCUUGAAAGACUUUGAAUGACAACAACAACAAUAAUAACAAUAGCAGUGACAGCUACCAUUUAUGGUUGCUGGUCAUUUUCCCUUGGGUCUGUGUUAAGUGCUUUGCAGUGAAUAUCUCACUUAAUUUCAGAUCAUUCUGAGACCCAUGUUAUACCAUAUUGUACCCAUUUUAAAAAUGGCGAAAACUGAGGCUCAGAGACUGUUAACGACGACAGCCCCACCGUCUCCCAUCAUUUCCUCCAGUCCAGUGCAUAGCAGAUGGUCAGUAAACAAGACGCAUUUUUUGUAAGAGGGUGGGAAACGGGGCGUCGGAUAAGGAGAGUGGGGGGCCCCCUCUGGAAACUCAGGCACUGGAUGUGCAGCACCGACCCUACCACCGGCGACCUCGGCUGCUCGGCUGUGCCGCGGCUUUCCGGAGGGGUGGGGCGAGCGCAGCCAGUCCUGACGUCGGGCGCCCUGCGGCCGUCACUCGGCGCUCGGCCCCGCCCCGCGGCCGCCGCCGCAGCAGCAGCCACAGCGCCCAGGCCAGAGCUACGGCCGCCGCCGCCGCCGCCGCCGCCCGGGACUCGGAACACCGCGCGGAGCCAUGGCUUCGGUCCCCGCGGGUAGGGGGGCGCGGGGCGUGCGGGCGGCGGGAGGGCGGCCCCGGGCCCCAGCUCCCACCCCUGGGCUGAUCCGCCGCUUCUCCGUCUGGUCCCUCAGAGGCGGAGACCCGGCAGAGGCUGCUGCGCACCGUCAAGAAGGAGAAGGGGUGCCUUAGCCAUCAGCUUCUUUAGAUAAGGAGAGCAGCUCUGCGAGUUUGACUGGAGCUACUGCAGCCACCAAGGGUCCAGCAGAGUUUGUAUGGCUGGAAACUCUGCCCAGUGCUGAUCUGGGAGACCAGGAGGACCCAGCACCCAGAAGGCAGGUGAAGCAGAUCAUGGAGGAAGCUGUCACACGCAAAUUUGUCCAUGAAGACAGCAGCCACAUCAUCUCCUUCUGUGCGGCUGUGGAGGCCUGCGUCCUGCAUGGGCUUCGGCGGCGGGCGGCUGGCUUCCUGCGCAGCAACAAGAUCGCGGCUCUCUUCAUGAAAGUGGGCAAGAGCUUCCCACCAGCUGAGGAGCUGAGCCACAAGGUCCAGGACCUGGAGCAGCUUAUCGAGAACACGAGAAACCAGAUCCAGGGCCUCCAGGAGAAUGUGCGGAAGCUGCCGAAGCUGCACAACCUGUCCCCACUCGCCAUCAAGCACCUGUGGAUCCGCACCGCAUUGUUUGAGAAGGUCCUGGACAAAAUUGUGCAUUACCUUGUGGAAAACAGCAGUAAAUACUACGAGAAGGAAGCUCUCUUGAUGGACCCUGUGGAUGGCCCCAUCCUUGCAUCUUUAUUGGUGGGGCCCUGUGCCCUCGAGUACACCAAGAUGAAGACUUCAGAUCACUUCUGGACCGAUCCCUCAGCCGAUGAGCUAGUCCAGAGGCACCGCAUACACAGCUCGCGCCUGCGGCAGGACUCACCCACCAAGAGGCCAGCCCUCUGUAUCCAGAAGAGGCACUCAAGUGGCAGCAUGGAUGACCGGCCAUCCCUCUCUGCCCGCGACUAUGUGGAGUCUCUACACCAGAACUCCCGUGCCACCCUGCUCUAUGGCAAGAACAACGUUCUGGUUCAGCCGAGGGACGAUAUGGAGUCUGUGCCAGGGUACCUGUCCCUGCACCAGACAGCUGACGUCAUGACCUUGAAGUGGACGCCCAACCAGCUGAUGAAUGGAUCCGUGGGGGACCUGGACUAUGAGAAGAGCGUCUACUGGGACUAUGCCAUGACUAUCCGCUUGGAGGAGAUUGUCUACCUGCACUGCCACCAGCAAGUCGACAGCGGUGGGACCGUGGUGCUGGUCAGCCAGGAUGGGAUCCAGAGGCCACCUUUCCGCUUCCCCAAGGGCGGGCACCUCCUGCAGUUCCUCUCAUGCCUGGAGAACGGGCUGCUUCCACACGGGCAGCUGGACCCGCCGCUGUGGUCCCAGCGGGGGAAGGGCAAAGUGUUCCCUAAGCUACGCAAGCGAAGCCCUCAAGGUUCUGCUGAGUCCACGUCUUCAGACAAGGAAGACGAUGAGGCUACAGAUUACGUGUUCCGGAUCAUCUAUCCUGGCAUGCAGUCUGAAUUCGUGCCCCAGGAUCUGAUGGAAGUCUCAGUAAGCAACCUCCCAUCCCUGUGGCAACCCAGUCCCCGGAAAUCCUCUUGUUCAUCCUGUUCACAGAGUGGCUCAGCUGAUGGCAGCUCAACCAAUGGUUGCAACCAUGAAAGGGCUCCCCUGAAACUUCUCUGUGACAACAUGAAGUACCAGAUCCUUUCCAGAGCCUUCUAUGGAUGGCUUGCCUACUGCAGACACUUGUCCACCGUGAGGACCCACUUGUCAGCCCUGGUCAAUCACAUGAUCGUGUCUCCAGACUUGCCCUGUGAUGCUGGACAGGGACUGACGGCUGGGAUCUGGGAGCAGUACCUUCAGGACAGCACAAGUUACGAACCGCAGGAGCUGCUGCGUCUCAUUUACUACGGAGGCAUCCAGCCGGAGAUCCGCAAGGCCGUGUGGCCCUUCCUCCUGGGCCACUACCAGUUCGGGAUGACAGAAACAGAAAGAAAGGAGGUGGAUGAGCAGAUUCAUGCCUGCUACGCACAGACCAUGGCCGAGUGGCUGGGCUGCGAAGCAAUCGUGCGACAGAGGGAGCGGGAGUCACAUGCUGCAGCUCUGGCCAAAUGCUCUUCGGGAGCCAGCCUAGACAGCCACCUGCACCGAAUGAUGCACAGAGACUCCACCAUCAGCAAUGAGUCCUCCCAGAGCUGCAGCUCGGGCCACCAGAACAUCCGCCUGCACAGUGACUCCAGCAGCAGCACACAGGUGUUUGAGUCUGUUGAUGAGGUGGAGCAGGUGGAAACUGAAGGCAGGUUGGAAGGGAAACAGCCCAAGAUCCCGAAUGGAAACCUGGUGAAUGGCACUUGUUCCCCAGACUCUGGGCAUCCCUCCUCCCAUAACUUCUCCUCGGGCCUCUCGGAGCACUCGGAGCCCAGUCUGAGCACAGAAGACAGUGUCCUGGAUGCCCAGCGGAAUAUCCCCCCAGUGCUGCAACCCAGGGACAGCAGCAUGGAUGACAGGCAGAGCAGUGAGGCCACCACUUCCCAGGACGAGGCUCGUGAGGAGCUGGCUGUGCAGGACAGCCUGGAGAGUGACCUCCUUGCCAACGAGAGCAUGGAUGAGUUCAUGUCCAUCACUGGCAGCAUGGACGUGGCCCUGCCUGAAAAGGAUGAUACUGUGAUGGAGAGCUGGCGGGGCAGCGAGGCAGAGAAACGUAGCCAGAUGGACAGUGAGGACAACCUCUCAGAGGAGCCUGAGAUGGAAAGCCUCUUCCCUGCGCUGGCUUCUCUGGUUGUGACCACUUCUGCCAACAAUGAGGUGUCCCCUGUGUCGUCCAGUGGUGUCACCUACUCUCCGGAGCUGCUGGACCUAUAUACAGUGAAUCUGCAUCGCAUCGAGAAGGAUGUGCAGAGGUGUGACCGCAACUACUGGUACUUCACCCCUGCCAACUUGGAGAAGCUGCGCAACAUCAUGUGCAGGUGGUGGGGCUACGUCUGGCAGCACAUUGAGAUCGGCUAUGUCCAGGGCAUGUGUGACCUUCUGGCUCCACUGCUGGUCAUUCUGGAUGAUGAAGCCCUCGCCUUCAGCUGCUUCACAGAGCUCAUGAAGAGGAUGAACCAGAACUUCCCCCAUGGAGGCGCCAUGGACACACACUUUGCAAACAUGAGGUCACUGAUCCAGGAGGCUGAUGCUGCCCUUUCCUUCUUCCAACAGAUCCUGGACUCAGAGCUAUUUGAGCUGAUGCAUCAGAAUGGGGACUACACUCACUUUUACUUCUGCUAUCGCUGGUUCCUGCUGGAUUUUAAGCGAGAACUCGUUUAUGAUGAUGUCUUCUCUGUCUGGGAGACUAUCUGGGCAGCCAAACAUGUCUCAUCCACCCACUAUGUCCUUUUCAUCGCACUGGCUCUGGUGGAAGUCUACCGAGACAUCAUUUUGGAAAACAACAUGGAUUUCACAGAUAUCAUCAAAUUCUUUAAUGAAAUGGCCGAGCGACACAACACCAAGCAAGUCCUGAAGCUGGCCCGGGACCUGGUGUACAAAGUGCAGACUCUGAUUGAGAACAAGUGAGGGGCACCUCGCCCGGGCAGUGCCAGCGAGCCACCCCCUGCCCGUCCCCUGCCCUCUUUUCUUCCCUGCCAGAGGCUAUCCCUGAAGCCAGGGCCUGGCAUCUGUUCAAGUGCACUGAGUUCUGUGCAAGAGAAACUAUCCUGACUUUGGCUGCUGGGCGGAUGGGGUCGCGGGGUAUCCUUUCAGUUCAGCCUUAUACGUUCUGCUGUUUGACCAAAGAUUGCCUGGAAACGUCUGGCAUUUCUCCCUUGUGGGAGCUGGGGGUUGUUGGUGCCGUUCCUGGUCUCCAAAAGGAUGUCCUUUUCUUCUUUCUCCAUUUUUCCGAGCUGUCUUGUCAGAUGAGACUUUGGGAGGGAAUUUUUGCUUUGAAAUUGGUGUAGAAGAAGUCUAUGGGACUCUCUGCACUCUGAAAGGGCCCUUGGGAGAUGUUCCAGAUCAUGGCCACAGACUGGCUCUGAGCAGGGUCUCUCCCCAUCAGUAUUACUGACAUUUGGGGCAGGUGAUUAUUUUGAGAGGGAUUGUCCUGUGUAUUGUAGGAUGUUGAGCAGCACCUCUGACCUCUACCUAUAAGAUGCCAGUUGCACCAUUCCCUAUCCCUACCCUGGUUGUGACAAAAAAAAAAAUCUCCAGACAUUGCCAGAUGUCCCCUGCAGGGCACAAUUGCCCCUAUUUGAGAACCACUGGCUUAGAGGAAGGCUACAAAUGUACCUCCCACCCCACUGUCUUUGGGUCCUGCCCAAAGAGGUCAGGGCAGAAUCCACAUCCUGCUACCUUUGUCCAAGGGAGGACCUUGCCUCUUCUUCCACAUACUGAGUCUCGGAAAGGCAUGUGUUUGGUGAAAGCCUCUUGAUCAAGGAGGCUGGCUUUUCUCUAAGCUUACUCAGGACCUAGAAGGAAAAGGAAGGCAGAGGUCAGCCAGCGUAGAGUGUGGUAUGUGUUUUCCUUAGGAAACACCUGCUGAUGAACCGGGGCCAGGGAACAGCUAAAUCUGGGAACGGCCACCUCCACAUCUUCACACAGAGUCACCAAUCCACAGACUGCACAUGAACUAGUUUACUCUUUCUGCCUUCCUCUCCCUUUAGUAGAGCAGUCUUGACAAUUGCUCUGUUCUGAGAAUGGACCCAGAAUAGGAGGAAAUGGUGGACACCGGGGGAAAGGGUCUUUCCCAAUAGACCCUCUAGGGUGCUGAAGGAAUGUCAGGUAGGACUUUGGAGCGGCGAUGAGAUAGGAAAUGCAGUCUCCUGAGGUGUUUGCAGAGGGGCAGUCCUCCACCCAGAGCAAACCAGGAUGGAAGGCAUCCCUGCCCUGUGUGCUUGUCAAGCUUUCUCUCUGCUGCAGCAACUGCAGCUUCGUCUGAACCCCCAGCCUCUGCCCUGAGAGGUGCAGGUGGGCAGAGGCCAUGUGGGGCCUUGCUCGAAGAGAACUCCCUCCCCGGGAGACUUGAAGCUACAGUAAUCUCACCAGUCCCACCUCUCGUUCCACCUCAGCAAAGCGAAAGGGACAUAGUCAAUGUUCUUGCUACUGUUACAGUUGCAUCUGCCCCCCUGGCCCCCCAGCUUCCCCAGAUAGGAAGAAAGGUGCAAAAGGCCCCUCGGGAUGAAAGUCCUAUUUUGCCACUCAGCAGUUCUCUACAGAGGAUGUUAUUUUAGCAAGACCCAAGUCUCAGACCUUCUGAUUCUUUAUUUAUUUUUUUAACAGACUAGUCUUAAAGUACAGCACAAGAUGUCUUCUCUGCCUUCUGUGGUGUUCUGGAGAGCAUCUGUGAUUGUGAUUUGGAAUAAUUCAUAUAUAUUUUGUUUAUCGUGCUUAUUCAGAUUUUUGUACAUGGUGUGUGUCUGUGUCCUGGAAUUGGAUGCGUGGGAAUUGUUCUGUGUAUGGAGUGCCCUCUUUUUUCCCAGUGUGCCCCAUAUAUCUUGUAAAUGUUUGCUGAAGAUUUGUGUCUAUAUAUAGAGAAAUAUAUAUAAACAGAGAAAUAAUGUCAA